AUGAACUACGACGAACACACGGUGCCGACCGGCGGCCAACACUACAGCGGCCGAAACCGCAUCCCCAACAUUCACGAAUUCGUUGCCCAGCUCGACAAGGAGAAGCGCGAGCGCGACGCUGCCAUUGAAGCCGAGGAUAAGGAGCACGCGAGGAUCGCCAAGGAGGCUGCCCGCCAGCAGCAACAGAACGGCAACGCCACACGGCAGCAACAGCAACAGCAACAACAACAAAAUCUCCAAGACACAAAGGAUCAUGUCCCCGAGAAACCAAGAGGUGCUCGCAAGAAGACCAAGACCGUGCGGGAUCCCGUCACUGGCAAGGAUGUCGAGAUUGAGAACCCAAAGGAAAACUUCAAGGACGUUGUUGAAAACCCUCACAUAUCCGUCCCCAACAAGAACCUCGGAAAGGACGCUACAGUCUCCACCUCCCCUAACCAGUCCGGCGAGGAGUACCGAUGGGCCCAAGAUGUCACGGCACCGCCCGACCCCGUCGAGCCCGGUAGCACCACCGACGUGCCCAUUCACAGCGAGAAGACCAACGUGAACUUUUUCCACACCCCCAGCGUCAGCUACGAGCCCAUGUUCGAGCACCUCGAGAGACGCGGCAACAUUUUGUGCGCUGGUAUCUUCUUCGCCAUCGUCAUUGUCGGCAAGUUCUUUGGCGGCUCGCUCUAUGGCCUGCUUCCUCUCGGAGCUUGCGUCGCCUCUGGUGUCUUUCUGUGGAUAAAGGACCUCAUUACGCAGGGGAGAAACACCGAAUGGUCUAGUGAGCAGGCGCGUGGCGAAACAGCAACCGUCAACCUGGUCCCCGAAUCCGUCGAGUGGAUGAACACCGCCGUCGGCAUCAUGUGGAAUCUUAUUAAUCCCGAGAUGUUUGCUGGCGUUGCCGAUACGCUUGAGGAUGUCAUGGUUGCUUCAGUGCCCGGCGUCAUCGAGAACGUGCGCGUUGCCGACAUCUCUCAGGGCAGCAACCCGCUCCGUAUUCUCAGCUUGCGCGCCCUUCCCGAUAGCCACGUCAAGGACAUCAAGGACGAGGCCCACAAGCAGAACCAGAAGAACACUGACCCCAACGAACUGGCUGCCAUGGAGCAGGCUGGUGACUUCUACAACCUGGAGGCCUCAGUUGCUUACCACGCGAAGCCGUCUGGCUCUGACGUUUCGUCAAAGGCUCGCAACAUGGGAAUGCAGCUUGUCUUUUACCUCGGUAUUCGAGGUCUCUUUGGUGUCCCCCUCCCAAUUUGGGUUGAACUUCAGGGACUUGUCGCAACCGCCCGUAUCAGAUUGCAGCUUACCCCUGAACCGCCGUUUCUCAAGACCCUCACUUUCACUCUGAUGGGUAUUCCCAAGGUUCAGGCUGGUUGCACGCCAAUGAUUGAAAAGGGAGUCAACAUUCUGAACCUGCCUCUCAUCUCCAACUUUGUCAACUGGGCCAUCGGCACCGCCGCUUCAAUGUACGUCGCUCCCAAGAGCAUGACUCUUGACUUGAGCAAGAUGCUGCAAGGCGACGACAUCAAGAAGGAGACGCUUGCGCUCGGAUUACUGUUCAUCCGUAUCCACAAGGCAACGGGCCUCAGCAAGCAAGACCGCCGGGGCAGUGAGGGUGGAGGCUCCGACCCCUACAUCACCGUCGCUUGGAGCAAGUUCUCCAAGCCCCAGUUCUGUACCCGUGUCAUCCAGGAUGAUCUCAACCCCGUCUUCGAAGAGAGCUGCGGUCUGUUGGUCACAGCCGAUUUGAUCAAGGCGGAUGAGCAACUUUCGGUCGAACUUUGGGACAGCGAUCGCUCGUCCGCGGACGAUGUCGUUGGCAAGGUCGAGUUGAGCAUUCAGAAACUCAUUCAGCACCCCGGCAAGAUGUUCCCCCAGGUUUCCAAGCUUGCUGGCGUCAAGGCCGAGACCUCUAUGCCUGGCGAGCUGCACUGGGAGGUUGGCUUCUUCGGCAAGACCCAGUUCCGCAAGGCUCUUCGUACCGAUGGUAAGGACGUCAAUCUGCCUCCUGAACUGAGGGACAAGAAGGAGCUUCAGGACGAAAAGGGCACCAUUGAAAACGACAUGGAGGAUGCUGUCGAGCACACUCCUCCCGACCCUCUCUGGCCCUCUGGCAUUCUCAGCAUCGUCGUCCACCAGAUUGUUGGAUUGGAGCUCGCCAAUGUGAAGGGUUCCAACGGCAAGCGCAAGGGACGCGAGUACGAACCUGCGCGCCUCGACGCUGGCGAAGUCAAGGAGGAACAGGGCAGCAAGCUGCCAAGUUCCUACUGCACAAUUCUCGUCAACGAUGAACUUAACUACAAGACACGUACAAAGGCGGUCUCCUCGCAACCCAUCUUCAACGCCGGUACCGAAAAGUUCAUCCGCGAUUGGAGGUCUGGCAUUGUGACAAUCACUGUCCGCGACUCCCGCAACAGGCAACACGAUCCCAUCAUUGGCGUGGUCCCUCUAAAGCUUUCCGAUAUUUUGCGAUCUGGAAGUGAAGCCACAAGAUGGUACCCUCUCGAUGGCGGGGUUGGAUACGGAAGAAUCCGCAUUUCCCUUCUCUUCAGGUCUGUUGAACUGCGUCUGCCUCCUGCUCAGCUUGGCUGGGAUGUGGGUACAUUCGAGUUCACGUCUCAGCAAAUCACUGCUGCUGGCUACGGUAAACUGAAGACCAAGAUUCGCCUUCGUACUGGUGGCAGCUCUUCUAGCAUCAAGCGAGACGCUUGUAACAAGCUGGAGGAGCAAGACGGCUUUUCCUGGGACAUUAGUGGCGAUGAGAAGCAUGACAAGAUCCGUCUUCCUGUUCGCUACCGCUACAGAUCCCCAGUCUUCUUCGAGUUUUACCCUCCCGGCAAGCGUCAUGCCGACGCCUUUGCGUCACUGUGGCUCCAGGACUUCCCGGAUUGCGAGGAACGCGACUUUGAUAUUCCCAUCUUCAACUGCGACAAGGGUCUGCGCCUGUCACAGAACUAUAUCACCCAGGACAACUUCAAAGACAUCCCUGACAUGAAGAUUGAAGAAAUUGGUCGACUUAGAUUCAAGGGUCGUUUCUCCACUGGUACCGAUGGUGAUCACGUCAAGUUUGUCACUGACAACGAUUCGCGUGAGACAAUCGAGACCUGGGAGGCCUGUUUUGCAGAGGGAGUACGAGGCGAGGAGGUCCGAGCCGAAGUGCCCCCUGCUGUUCAGAAGCUACAUGACGAGUCUCUUACACAAGGCCGCGAUGUCCUAGCUCAGACCGACCCGAAAGAGAAAGAGAAGUGGCUCUCCAAGGACGGAACCGAUUGGAGCACUGCAUUUGGAAAAGAUCCCACGCAGAUGAUGGGUGGCGAUAACGAGAAUCAGGAAGACCUGAACUCGGAGGGACGUGAUGAUUUUGAUACGGAUUACGACGAUGAUGAUAACAGCAGUGAGCCGGAUCUCGGGCUCACAGACGCCAGCACUAAAGACACCAGAGCGAGCAGCAACGGCACACGUCAAUCGACAGACAGCAACGCGAGUGCGGCUCCCUCAGACGCAUCUCAGCAAAGCAACGGAAACGGACCUGUUGCCGCCUACAAGGACUACAAGAGCAGGAGCAGAGACUUGCACCGUCAACAUCGGGGUCUGAUGCAGUGGCGUCCGAUGCGUAAUGUGCAGUUCGCCAAGGACGAGGCCAAGUUUGCGAUCCGGAAGAUUACCAAGAUGGGUGCUCUCAACGGUCGCAAGCCCGAUGUCGAGACCGAAGUCUAA